AUGGGCUCCGUCGCACCCAAGAACAACUUCCUCUUCACCUCCGAGUCGGUGGGUGAGGGUCACCCCGAUAAGAUGGCUGACCAGGUGUCCGAUGCCAUUCUUGACGCCUGCUUGGCUGAGGACCCGCUCUCCAAGGUUGCUUGUGAGACUGCCACCAAGACUGGUAUGGUUAUGGUUUUUGGUGAAAUCACCACUAAGGCCAACCUGGACUACCAGAAGAUCAUCCGUGGCGCCAUCAAGGACAUUGGCUUCGAUUCCUCCGACAAGGGUUUCGACUACAAGACCUGCAAUGUCUUGGUUGCCAUUGAGCAGCAGUCUCCUGACAUUGCUCAGGGUCUUCACUACGAUGAGGCCCUCGAGAAGCUCGGUGCCGGUGACCAGGGUAUCAUGUUCGGUUAUGCUUCCGACGAGACCCCUGAACUCCUGCCCUUGACCAUCUUGCUGUCUCACAAGCUCAACCACGCCAUGAAGGAGGCCCGUCUUGACGGCACCAUCCCCUGGGUUCUCCCUGACACCAAGACCCAGGUCACCAUCGAGUACGCCCACGACAACGGUGCUGUCAAGCCCUUGCGUGUGGACACUGUUGUCAUCUCUGCCCAGCACUCUGACGAUGUCUCCACCGAGGAGAUUCGUGCUACCCUCAAGGAGAAGGUCAUCAAGAAGGUCAUCCCCAACGAGCUCCUCGAUGACCGCACCGUCUACCACUUGCAGCCCUCUGGCCGCUUCGUCAUUGGUGGUCCCCAGGGUGACGCCGGUUUGACCGGCCGUAAGAUCAUCGUCGACACCUACGGUGGCUGGGGUGCUCACGGUGGUGGUGCUUUCUCCGGAAAGGACUACUCCAAGGUCGACCGUUCCGCCGCUUACGUCGCCCGUUGGAUCGCCAAGUCUCUCGUUAGCGCUAAGCUCGCUCGUCGUGCCCUUGUCCAGCUCUCGUACGCCAUUGGUGUCGCUGACCCUCUCUCGAUCUUCGUUGAGACCUACGGUACCUCCGACAAGUCCUCGGAGGAGCUGGUCGAGAUCAUCCGCAACAACUUCGAUUUGCGUCCCGGUGUCAUUGUCAAGGAGCUUGACCUUGCCAAGCCCAUCUACGCCGCGACCGCCAAGAAUGGUCACUUCACCAACCAGGAAUUCUCCUGGGAGAAGCCCAAGGCUCUCAAGUUCUAA